AUGGCAUUCGAUCCGGAACUGGGGUACGACCCCGAGGAAUGGGAGCUCUGUCCCCCGCCUGACCAUUUCUUGGCCUUCGGUUGGUUCAGUCGGCUUUGCUUGGCCGUAGGAGCAAUAACUUUUGCAUUUUUGUUCUUUUACUGUAUUGGACAAAAGAAGCGAUGGAGCGCCGAUGAAAGAAGGGCGAGCUUGACGAGUGUUAAGGUAAUGGUUGAGCUUGAAAUUUUGUUGGAAUAUGUGCAUUUUCAAACUUAAAAGUUUUGCUUUUUUAGCCGGAUCCCGAAGCUCUUGAACAUCUCCAAAAGAUUGCCUCUAGCGAGCAACAAAUCCGUCAAAAUGGCCACGAAACCUCUCCAUCCAGCGGUCUCCGUCGCCGCCAGAAACGUCUCUCCGAACAAGAUCUUCAAGCUCUUGACGAAUGGGAGCUAGAGCGUCAACGGCUCGAACAAACGAAGCUCGAGGAACUUCGAAACGACACAACAACCGAUCGUGAUGGAGCCCCUAAAACACCACCAUCAUCUCCGCCAGAGAUUCAGCCGGUCGAUUAUCAACGGCUGGCCGCCGAUCUAGAGAGGAGGUUGUUGGAUGAGAUCAGGCAUAUUGAGGAGCCCACAAACUCGGUGGAACUUCACCAACGAUUGCUGGAGAAGCACGAGCCUGAAGUUAGAAGAGCGGAAAGAAGUCUGGCCAAUGCCGAGGCCGAGGAGUUGAGGAAGAGCUUCACAAAAACGUUGGAUAAUGCUAUCGAACAAUACAAUAGGUAAAACAUAAUUCAUUUUUUCGAAAUUUAGGCUGAAUUCAAAAUUGUCAUUGUAAAAUACAAACUUUCUUUGAAACCGUUUUUUACGCCGCCAUGAUUUCAGAAAUCUCAACGAACAAGUGUUUGGAAAUGAUAGCGACUUUGAACAACCCUACAAGGAUUCUCCCUACUUUUAUCCGAGCGACGCAGAUGAUGCUGAGCACGCUCAUUCUUUUGUUUUCGAAUCUCCGAAUGCCGCAUUAAACCAGCUUGGAAUGAAUGUUCCUCAGGAACCAGGCCAAGUCCAACAAAAACUUCCCAGUUUCCAACAAGUUCAAGAUCAAGACCAUAAACAGACUCGUGAUCUCCCUGGCCAACAAACCACACCCGUUCCACAGCAAGAGCCUCAAUUUGCCAAGAAAAGUUCAUCAAGUUCUGACGAAGGCUUUGUCAAGAUCUAUCAUGAUCAGACACAGCCGGUCGAUUUGCUGAAGAACAUUGAAGCUCAUCGAGAGCAAAUUUUAGAGACGAACACUGCCGUUGAAAAAGCUCGAAUUCAGGCGGAAAUGCCGGAUUUCCGAUUCCCAGAAGAUCGUCAACAAGUUGACCAAGACAACCGUCAACGACCAGACAGCUUUUAUGAACAUGCAGACCAACAAGCUGCCAAUGAAAAAUAUUAUCAAGUGGCCCCGGCACAACAAGACGCCAGAGGAAGAAGCCAAGAGCAGAACAAGUUGCAGCGCCCUCCACCGGCUCAAACCCAAGGACAGGGCCCUCAGUUUGGUCAUCAACAAUCUCCUGGAAUCCAGAAUGCCAAGAAGAAAUCUCGAGACCAAUCGCCUCUAGAGUAUCUGGAAGAACUUCAUGAUCAUCUUCUUGGUGAAGCACCUUUGAAUUAUCCCGGUCCUCAAGGCCAAACUUUCCAACGCCCUUCCGUUGAGAGACAACCAGCUCCACGAGAUGAGAUUCUGAGCCCUCAAGAGAUUGAAUAUCUGGCAACACAUCCUCAAGUUCAAUCACCACAAGUCCAGAAGGCACUAGAAAGAGCUAAUCAAGAGAACUCUCCAUAUGUGGUUGUUGAACAUGACGGCGAAGUUGACCUGUACCCUCAGGAUGAGCAUCGAGUUGUGAAGAGAGCUGGAGCCAUUCCGGAUGAUCAGGAUUUACGUCAAGGCCAAGAAUUUCCCCAAGAAGGUAGACAGCCUCAAGAACAACGAGGUCAACGAGUAGAACAAGGGCAGCUCCAAAGAAGGCGGACAAGUCAACAAGAUUUGCAAGGGUACGAUGAUAAUUACGACAAUCUGCAAGGAGCUGGGCCAACGAUUCAACAGCAGGGCCAAGCUCCUGGCUACACUCAAGCCUUUGUUCAGCCCGGUCGCCAACAACAAGGCCAUGUCGAAGUUCACAUUCAAGGCCAACAGCAAAAAUCUCCUCAACAACAAUUGCUAGCACAACCAGCCAACACUCAAAAGGUGAUCUUCCCCGGCUCCCAUUCCGUUCCAUAUGAGCUCGAUCAUGAACGUGAGCAACAAGGCCGAGAGACCGUUCCCCCUUACGCCAUUGACGAUGCCGCCAAAGAUCUGGACUCCCAAGCGGAGGCCCAGAUGGCCGAACUUCUUCAGGAAUACGAUGUCCCCGUAGAACAGCUGAAACGAAGAGAACAAAGAGAGCAUGUUCCUUCACCCGAAGCAAAUAUAAUGAGAAUGAAGUUGAAGGAACAAGGUAUAUUACAAUAUGAAUUAAUGCAGUUUUUGGUUUUUAGGAGUUACUCCAGGACAGGGCACCCCCGUGGCAGAACGAAGGCCUUCCAAACAAGGCGCGUUUGACCAUCGAUCUGCAACACAGCCUCCAAACGAACUUCAGCAGGGUAUGAAAUAAAAAACACAAUGUGGUUUACAAUCAAGGUUUUUCAGACAUCAAGAAGCGCGAACGUUCAGAGCAACCAUCACGAACCGAGCCUGGUCAACCCAAACGAUCAAAAACCAUUGAUGGACAUGAAGAUGAUCCCCGUCGUCAAGUUGAAGCCGAUAUCUAUCUUCAAGAUGCCAUGGAGUACGUGGAUACCCACAAGAACUAUCUUCCAUCAACCAGUGGUUUUGUGAUUGAAGAGGACAUGUUGGAGAGCGAUAAACAACCAAUCCGGACACGAAAUGCGAGUGCUGACCCGACUAGUCGACAGGUAUGGGAUUUGUUCAAUAUGCAAGAGUUUUAGGUCCCAACCAACGAAGCAUUUGAUAAACAUGAAAUGGUAUUUGAUGAUGCGGAUGACGCAGUAACUUAUGCUCCGGAAAUUCAGUCAGUUGAGAUUCCUCCAGAUCAGAUUAGCCAAGCAUCUUCACAAUUUGCUGAGCUUCCCGAUGACAGAGAGAUUGCUCAACAUUUGAAGCAGAAAGAAGCAGCUCCUCCUCACUUUGUCAACGAACAGGACAAUCUUAUUCAUCGGUAAGGAAAAAUCCAUUACAUAUAUUUCUACACAAUAAUUUGUCAAUGAAAACAAAAACCUUCAAUUUUUCAGCAAUUCCCCCAAAAACUUCUCCGGCCCAGCUCCAGUUGGAAUGCCGCCAGCUUUCAGUGUCAAGGUCGAAACGGACAACGUUUCAAUUUCCUCAAGAUCAUCACGGUCUUUAUACAAGCAGAGUUCAUUGCUCAGUGCACUGGGAGUAACAUCGAUGCAAGAGAUGUUACUAGAGCUGACUUCCUUCGACCAGUUAGCAGAGGCGAUGAGAAAAGCAGGAUUGGAGCGGGUAAACCUUAUCUUUGGUAAGGAAAAGUCAUCAUUUUUUUGUUGCAACAUCAUCUUAACUUCAUCUCAAUUUAUAUGUUCUUAGGCGUUGACUACACGGCCUCCAACAAGUACCAAGGAGAGAACUCCUUCGACGGCCGCUCUCUCCAUUACCUUGGAGAGUCUUAUGUUGUGAACCCAUAUCAAAAAGUCAUCACGACAUUGGGAAGAGCUCUGGCUCCAUUUGCGACGCUGAAUGGAAUUCCAGUCUAUGGAUUUGGCGAUAAUACCUGCGGGGAUUGGGGAGUGUUUCCACUCAAUGGCACGAAUGGAUAUUGCAAAGAUCUGGAUGAUGUUCUGAAGUAAGCGAGUAAAAUUUUACAGUACCUUUUGUCUUUUAGGACGUAUAAUGAGGUAACGCCGACAAUUGGAUUGAGUGGUCCAACAAACUUUGCUCCGUUAAUCUACCAAGCCAUUCAGAUCUGUCAACGGGUACAGGAUGUAGGUUAAAUCAAUUUUCGGACUGUUUAGGUCAUUUUACAUGUAUACUUAUAUUACGGGUGAACUGUAUUUUUCAGUACCACGUCUUGGUAAUCAUUGCGGAUGGGCAGGUGACCAACGAGAGAGCAACUCGAAAAGCCAUCGUCCAAGCUUGCCAAUGGCCCUUGUCCAUCAUUGUGGUUGGGGUUGGCGACGGACCGUGGGAAAUGAUGAGGGUCUUUGACGAAUCCCUUCCCAAACGCCCUUGGGACAACUUCCAUUUCGUCGAAUUCCAUGAUCUGGUCAAACCGCAGUACGGCGAGCAGGGAGAACUCGCUUUCGCUAUUCAUUCACUUUUGGAGGUACGUAUAAUACGUUGCAAUAGACUUUCAUAUUAUUUCAGGUACCCGACCAAUACCACCACAUCACGAAACUGGGCAUGCUGCCAGCUCGGACCGCCACCGGCUCGAGACGUAGUUCGGUCAAUCGAUAG